AUGGCUAGAGAACAGUUGGAUUGGCUGUGUAUUUGCAUUGCUAUUAUAGCAACACUAGAUUUUGAUAUUGAUACAGAGAGAGAAAAAUUCUCAAAGACACAAAUGACAAACGAGAGUGAUGAAAUUGUUGAUAUAAUAGCCUGUUUGAAAAUCAUAGAAUAUCUUUGGAGUCACAAGUCAUUGACUUUGAAAUACAGAUUAUCAUUGGGCUUGGUGAGUCGUGUUUGGUUCAACCGUGUUUCAUAUUUGUUCAAUCAGAAUUCACAUUUUAUGUUUCGACACGACAAACCUCAGCCUCUGACAGACUAUAUACAACAUCUUGACAACCCACUUUGUCCAAUGAAAAACGUUAGAGUUAUCAAGAAAUAUGAUAAACAGAAACCUGACUCGGUUGAUCCACUAAGUGGUCUUCAUUUCGGAAGCAAAGAGUAUGCUCGACUUGUACCGAUCUACUCUAAUCUAAACAAGCUUGAGCUGUCAUUUCUAUUGAAUACUCCAUUGGUGUUUGUUCAAUUCACACUCAAAAGUUUUAUAAAAUAUUCAGGUGUUACAGAUACAACAACAACAAAAUCAACAACAACCAAUAGUAAUACUGAAUUCGUACCUGUACGAACUUCAUUGAGAUCGUUGACUAUAGAACUACUUUCAGACCCCACCAGUAUAAUCCCUCCCACCAAAUCAAUGAUUGAAGACCUAUUCGAUACCAUACUUAAUAUCUUAUCACCGAUAUUUAGAGAUCUAGAGAGUUUAACCAUUGAUAUCGGCAAUAGAGAGAUUAAAUCUACGGUUUUAAUUAGACUCUUGGAAAAUCAUCCCAAUCUUCAAUCACUGACUCUCAAUUUUGAAUGUGGAACUUUACAAUAUCAAAAAGAACUGUUUACAAAACUACCUCAAAACUUAAAGUUCUUCAGCAGCAAUAUGAACCCACAGCUACUUCCAUUAGAAAGCCUUUUGAAUUUGGAACAGAUUGCAAUUACCAAUUUGCUCGAUUCUGAUCUAACUAGUGAAGCCCAACGAUCAAUAACUCAUAAGAUGAGAAACAACACCAAAAUCAAAAGGUUCUCUCACCCAUUCGCAAUUCCAGUCGAUAUCAGCACAAAAGAUCUAUUCUUGCGAUGUACACAUCUCAAUGAAUUUCAUAUCUCAUUGGAGAGCACCCCACUUCCAACACCAAUCAAUGUUAUAUUUCACUCGAAUCUAAGGAAGCUAACAAUAGAUUGUCUUCUUAAUGAACCACUCAACGAGAAUAUAAUGUUAGGAUUGGAUCAUACUUCACUAGUAAAUCUUGAGAGUCUUACCAUCAAUGUGAAUUUCGGUUACAUCUUUGAUUUACUAUUGAAAUUCAUUCGAGGAAGUAAAUCGCUCCGACAUUUAGAUAUCAAUAGGCCUGGAGUAUUAUAUGGUAGCAGACAGUCAGAAAGUGAUUUAAGCAACCUACUCUCCGUACUUACUGAAAUCGAUAAUCAUCAAAUUUCGUAUUUGAAACUAGAUUACUUAGUGACACAACAAACCGAAGGUGAACUUAUUAGGUUCUUAUGUCAUAAAAACACAAGAAACAUCAGCAGUUUCAUUUGCUACUAUAUCAACACCAAUCAUAGCAACACCUCAAAAAAAAUAGAUUAUCUCAAUCAAACUUACUCAAAUGUCAACCUUUCAUUUUCUAACUCAAUUUCAAAAAUGACAAAUCAAUAA